GUGGGCCCUCAUCUGAAAUCAGCAAACCCGGUGGUUCUGCAAAGGUCAGGCCUGAGCAGGAGGUGGCCAGUCCAAAUGUGGAUCCAGGGCCCUGUGAGGGUGGAAUAGGAAGGGCUCUGCCCAGGGCCCACCAGCUCCUUGGCACUUCUGCCAGCAGGUUAGAGGUCUUACUGAAACAUGCUGGAAAAAGGAGCGUAAGAGGAUUUUGUGUCCAGAGAAAUUGAGACUCCGAGGCCACUCCUGUUUGUUCCCUGCCUCUCUUCAGAGCCUCCAGAUCUGAAGUUUAAAACAAAGUCUUGGCCUCCCCGCCUCCCAUGGUGCAGCCUUCAGAACCAGGCUCUGGACCCAGCUCUGGGAACUUCCUCUCAGGCUACGCCUUGCCUGUCAGCUUAGUGUUGUCGACUCGUCUUCUAGAGAACGCCUGUCUGGCCAAGUGAUCCUGUUUUUCACAUCCUCCAGAGCAGCGGGUGGAGGUGAGCGAGCUUGCUCUCUGUGUCCACAGGCAGGACGAGGUGUUUCAAAGCUUGUAGCCCCCACUCCGCAGCAUGGGCAUAGGCCCCGUGUCUUUGGAAGUCUGCUGCCCAGCAGUGGAAUGGGCAGACCCAGGCACUUGCCCUGCUGUGGGAGCAGCAGCCCAGUGUUUUGUCCCAGCCCAGAGGCAGUCAUGGAAGUUUAGGAAUAGAGAACCGCGUGGCUAAGGUGCGAGCUGGAAGUGAGAUCAGUGCAGGGAGGCCACACCACCCAGAACCUUCUUUUUAGGUUCCUGCCUAAAAACCUACAUAAAAACGUGUCACUCAAACAGAUUGUGUCUGAAUUGUGGCAUGUGAGCCACGCUGUUAAACCAGGCAUCCUGGGCCUGUCCUCUGCCUCCCACGGUCUCACCUGUGUGGGUCAUGGAGGGACAAGCCUUGCGGAGGCCUUCUCAGCCUGUCGUCCUGUAGGAGUCCAGAGGGCCAGAGGAGCUGGGACCUGAAUUGCAGUGGGCGGCGACUCUGUUACGCUGGGCACCUGCAGCUGGAGAGGAGAGCAGGGUGAGAUCGGAGCCCAUCUCCACUCUCCCUUAGCUUUGCUCUCAUUUUAUGCUCCUCCCCCCUCCUACCCUCCGCUGUGUUAGUGGGGGGCUCCCCACUGGGAAGACCAGGACUGACAUCGGUCCUGGUAGGUGGCAGGCAUCGCUGACUUGCCUUACUCUGUCCUGUUUUGUCUUGGUUUGAAUAACCUUUGGCCACAGCUGUUUUCUGCACCUCCCUGAGCCCAGAAUCUGAGCUUCACUUUCAGUCUUGAGCUCCUCAUGUUUCCAAACCAGGGACGAGGGUGGGGAAGCCACAGGUGUGAAGGAUGGAAACUGGGUUAUACAGACCCCAGAUGAUCUGCUCAUCUCGAGGCUCAUCCCAGCGCCUGCUGGGCAGUGGGUUUGGGGGACAAAGAGGUAGCGAGCGAGCAGUGGUUUCUCCCUGUAUCCUGGUUUUGAAAGGGCUUUAGUCUCUGAGCGUCAGUUGUAUAGCUGGCUAACUAGGACAUGGACGUCUAACAGGGAGUCUGAUCGUACAGGGCCUUGUCAGCGUGCGGGCCUAAACGGUGUAGCCUGAUGUGUUUGGCCUUAUCCCUAGGAUAAGCUUCCUCACCACCUGCUCCAAGGUGCCUUAUGAGGUGCAGCUCUUCACCUGCCACAUGGCAAGCAUCAUUGUGCUUGAGAAACCACGGAACACCAACUGUGUAUUGUGUGCCAUCCGUCUGAUUUGUCCAAAUCUGGACCUCAGCCAAGCCACCCAUAAUGGAAACUUGACUGCAGCCCCCCAGGCAGCAGUGCUCAGCGAGCCCCCAUCAUCUCCAAGAAUAAACUCUGAAGCCAGCGGCUGUGUGGAUCUGAAUCAUCAGGGAGCUGUCAGAGGAGGGGGAGUGACUUCCCGGGACAGGCAAGCCAACUAUAUAAGCCCCAGAGGGCUGGGCACCACUCAGAUCUCUUUCACAGCCACUGCCUUCCAGGGAGCAGUUCCCCAUACCCACCAUGUCCCAGGCUGGCACUCAGGAAGCCCCCAUCAAGAAGAAGCGCCCCCCUGUGAAGGAGGAGGACCUGAAGGGGGCCCGAGGGAAGCUGACCAAGAACCAGGAGAUCAAGUCCAAGACCUACCAGGUCAUGCAGGAGUGUGAGCAAGCUGGUUCUGCCGCCCCAUCGGUGUUCAGCCUCGCCCGGACUGGCACCGAGACUGUUUUUGAGAAGCCCAAAGCCGGACCCGCCAAGAGUGUCUUUGGCUGAGAAGUGCGCACCACGCCCCUCACCGUCAGCAACACCUAGACACAGGAGCCUUUCCCAAGAACUCUUUUUUUAUGCCAGAACAUAGCUUCUCACCCGCGGCCUCUGGGAUUGGCACCCUCCCCAACAGCCCUGGCCCCUGAGCCCAGGGACUCUGCACCAGCACCUGGGCAACACCAAUAAAGAGGAUGCCCAAGUGGCCCCAGAA